UGAAAGUUUCUUUCCACCAAAAAAAAAAAAAGAAUUUGAAAGUUUCCAAACGGUUAUACAAAGAUAUAUUGGCACAGCACGAUUUCGAGACUAUAAAGAAUAUGAGUUAGAGAGAAAGAAAAACAAAGAUCGAAAACUAAAAUUAUGGAGAUUAAGACGCGACAGCACAUGUCGGAGACAACAGUGGAAAAUGAAGAAGAGAAGGAGGAGGAGCAACCGCUUAGCCCGACGGCGCGCCUGUUUCACGCGAGAGAGUUUAAUUGUUACAUCAUAUCGGUGAUUGGUUUAAAGAAAAAGAUCGAGCCAGAUGUGAUUAUCGAAGGAAUGAAGCAAACUUUGAUUAGGCAUCCUCGUUUCUCCAGCAAAUUGGUGAACUCUUGGAACAACAAUAGAGAGGAACAAAAAUGGGUUCGGACCAACGUUGUGGUCGAGGAUCACGUCAUCAUUCCCAAAAUCGAAACGCAAAACAUAGAGAACGCGAACGCAGACGCUUUUCUCGAGAGCUACCUCUCCGACCUCACUACGAUCCAUUUAGACACCUCCAAGCCAUUAUGGGAAGUUCAUUUACUCGACUUGAAAACUUCUGACGCUGAAAACGUUGUCGUUUUUAAGAUCCAUCACUCGGUAGGGGACGGUAUGUCUAUGAUGUCUCUAGUACUCGCGUGUACACGUAAAACAUCGGACCCCAAUGAGCUCCCGAGUCUACCGUACCACAACCGGCUGUCUUCUGGAUCAUCUCCGUUAAAAACUAGUUCAAGAUGUUAUUCCCGGUUAUUUUGGCCAGUUAUGGUACUAUGGUCGGCGGUUGUGUUGGUUUGGAAUACAGUUUGUGAUGCUUUGGAGUUUAUUGCUACGACAUUGUUCCUUAAGGACACUGAAACACCGAUAAAAGGCAAUUUCCGGUUAAGUAAGAGCAAACAGAUGCGUCUGGUUCAUCGUACCGUAAGUCUUGACGACAUAAAGCUAAUCAAGAACGCAAUGAAUAUGACUGUCAAUGAUGUAGUACUUGGAGUAUCUCAGGCUGGUCUCUCGAAGUAUUUGAACAGAAGAUACGGAGAGAAGACGAAAGCAGGGGAACAAGAAGAAUCUAAAAAGAAUUCAAGUAAUAUGCCUAAGAAAAUAAGGCUAAGGGCAGUCCUGCUUGUAAACAUAAGACCGACUACUGGAAUCCAGGAUCUAGCUGAUAUGAUGGCUAAAGGAUCUAAGUGUAGAUGGGGAAACUGGAUCGGCUACAUAUUCUUUCCAUUCUCCAUUGCAUUAUGUGAUGAUCCGUUGGAACAUCUCGUAGGAGUCAAGUCGAUCAUCGACCAGAAAAAGAACUCGUUCGAAGCUGUUCUUACAUUCGCGGUUGGGAAUCUACUUAUCAAAUUGUUAGGAGUUCAGAGGGCAGCUCAAAUGACAAUAAGAACAUUGUCAAACACAACGAUGGCGUUUUCAAAUUUGGUCGGACCUAUUGAAGAAGUUAGCCUCUAUGGAAAUACCGUCACGUACAUUGCCCCAAGUGCUUAUGGUCAUCCACAUGCGUUGACGAUGCAUUUUCAAAGUUAUAUGAACAAGAUGACGAUGUCUUUAACAGUCGAUCCAACGGUUAUCAGUGAUCCACAUAGACUAUGUGACGAUUUGGAGGAAUCUCUAAGAAGUAUCAAAACUGCUGUCCAAAAAAGAGGGUUUACUCAGUAAAUUGAGCUAUUGUGUGUUUGGUUUAUAGAAAAUAUCAAAUCUUAAAAUAUGAAAUAAGACAAAAAAAAAACUAUAAAAAAUGAAGUUAAAGGGCAUUUACCAAUAUGUAUAACUUUGAUUAAAUUGAUACC